AUGGGACCCUAUGACCACACACCGCCUUCUGACGAUCCCAAUUUCGAGAAACUGGAGCCACACUCAGGGAUCCACUUGACCUCGCGAAACAUAUCUCACGAAGAUUUCAAAGACUAUCUGAGGGGCCGAUACUAUCUCUCCCCAUCCCGCCUCUACUCGAGUGUCCAACUCCUCCCGGACAAGAAAGGGUACGACGUGCCUGUUGAGGGCGACUGGGUCACCGUUGCUGUCAUCGCCGAACGCGGCCCCAUCAAGUUCACCCGUGCACCCGUUACACUUGAUCCUGACGAGAGCAGCAGGAAGCAAUGGAAAGGCAAGGCCAAGGCGCCAGCUGAGCCCGAGAAACCUUCCGGCGGCAAGAAGUUCGUCAACCUGAAGCUAAUCGACUUCGGUGCGCGCUCUGCGUCGUCCAGCUCAACGGGUGGCAAGUCUGUGAUACGGGGCGACGCGUUUUUGACGCUUUUGCUCUUUGAAUCCGAUGGAUUCGACCUUCUGCCACGAGAGGACGGUCGGAAACCGGAGAAGCUGUACAAGGGUGGCAGCCGGGGUGCGUUUGAGCACCUUAUGGAUGUGAGAGAAGGAGACGUGGUUGCUUUGCUCAACCCGAAGAUUCUGAAACCGUUCCAGCGGUCGAGCGACACACCCCAUCCGGUGGACAACGUUCUCGCUAUCACACCCGAGUCGGCGUCAUCGAUAAUGGUCAUUGGACGCGCGCGCGACCUUGGCAUGUGCAGUGUCCGCAGGCAAGAUGGCAAGAUCUGCGGUAGCUGGUGCGAUAACCGCGUCAGCGAUGUUUGCGACUACCACGUACAAAACGCCGUCCAGCGUAGGCGGGCUGCUCGUCCGGAGUUCUCUGCUGGAACAUCAGGAUUGACAACAACCUCCACGCACAAACGGAAGAAUGAUUACGACCCAGCACGUCAAUGGGGUCUAAAGCCUGACGAAAGCAGGGCCGAGGGUGCGACCUAUGUUGUGUCCGGACACGUCGUCACUGGGACGUCGUCCGACCCGCGGACGAUGUACAUGACCGAGAACAUCGGUCGAGAGGGCCAGGCGAAGGCAAAGAGGAAGCUCGAGUCUCGAGACGCUGACCGGGCAUUGAAGGCCCUUUUGCAAAGGGACAAGGAGGGCAUGCAGGCUGUGAUGGCGGCACGAGAGGUGGGAGGUUGUAUGAAGAGGUCCAAGAACGAGAAAAAGGGAAAGAAGAAGCAGGUUGAGGAUGGUGAGGAUACGAAGCUACGUCAGACGGCCUACUCUGCGGAGAUAAUCAAGUUGUUGGGCUUCGACCCGUCACUGAAACCGGGGCAGCGGAGGGUUGAGAAUAAGAUCACACAGGACAAGCUUGUGGCCCUUGAAGCAGUGAGAACGGCACGGAAAGAUAUCAUCUUGGGGCCUCGUCCGGGUCCAAGGAUACGUUCAGGCGUCGUUGCUCCAAUGAAGACAAUCGAGCUACAAGAAGAUAACUGUGAAGUUGCCUUGGACUGCGAUGAUGAAUUAGUGGUGGAUAAUACCGUAGUCUGCGAGGAGAAGAUGGUGGAUUUGGACGACUUCUGA